GGACGUUUGGAUCCAACCCAGCGAUCCGAAGGCUGCUUGAGCCAUUGCGCCAUGGGGAGCUAUCUUUGCAGGGAGACGGAGAAGCCAUGCGAGCAAGUGCAUGAACAGCAUUUCCCCAUGUAUUUGGUCAAGGUGGCGGAUUUCCUGCAGAUGCAAGGCCCGCCAGAGCCGCACCACCUGCUGAAGCAGCAAAAUCUCCUGCACGAGUGGAGCCCAGGGAUGCUUACGAUAUUUGUGUCCCACCAGUGGCUGGGUGCAACACUUCCUGAUCCAAAGGGGCAGCAGCUGGCUGUGCUGCGCAACGCGUUGGUGCGGAUGAUCGAGGGAUCCCUUUCGGUGGAUCACGACUUGGUCUCCAUGCGACCUGGAGCGGAAUCCUUGCCAGCAGCGAUACGGUCCCGCCUCUCCACUGGCUACAUUUUCUUGGAUUGGUUCGCCAUACCACAGCUCACUGCGCGCCAAGAAGGGACAAAUGAGGACAGGACGCAGACAGACGCAGCGCUGGCUAUCCAGAGUAUUCCUGCCUAUGUCGAGGUGGCAGACGUCUUCGUUGCUUUGGUCCCAGAGCUCACGCAUAUGGACACGGGCAUGCCUUGCAACUAUCGAUCCUGGCUCUCGAGGGGGUGGUGCCGCGCAGAGCUCUGGUGCCACCUCUUGUCCAACAAGCCGGACACCAGCGUGAUCCUGGUGUUUUCCGCCCGGGAGGCAGAGUUCAUGUCGCCCCUGAACUGGCAGCGCCAUACAGUGGCAGAAGGGGACUUUACGGUGGAAAGGGACCGAGAGGUCGUGGUGAAGCUUGGGGAAGCAGCGGUGGAAAGCAAAAUUCAGCACCUGUCACGGGUGGGUCCGCUCAGCCACUGCCGUUUCUACAUGGCCCACCGCCCCAAGCUCUUGGGCCAGGCCAGACAGCACUUGGAUCUCCACACCUUCCUGUCGCACUACCGCUUCCCAAGCCUUAGGAAGGCCUUGGAGGAGGUCGACAAGAUGACGCCGCUGCUUUGCGCCCUCUUCGCGGGCGAUGUGCAGAUGGUGCGGUCGCUGAUCGAGCUCAAGGCAGACGUGAACGCGAAGCUUAGUGGCUUGGGGGAGCUGGGCUACUUCAACGGCCAAACGCCCUUGAUGGCGGCUGCAAAGUCUUACCAAGAGCCAGAGAUGCUUGUCACGCUGGCAGAGCUGCGGGCGGAUGUGAAUGCAGUGUCGGGCGCCGGCGUCAACGCCGCGUACCUGGUGCGCACUCCGGCACAGGUCCAGGUGCUCCUAGAGGCGCGUGCGGACAUGCAUUCCCCCUGCGUGUGGUCCGGGCUUACGCCCUUGACGGGUGCGGCUUCGAUGGCGGACCCGCAGACGGUGAAGGCUUUGCUCAUGGCCCGGUGUGCCGUGAAUCCUUCGCUGGUCGGCAUGGGCUACACCCCCUUGCAUGGCCUGGUGCUAUUUUCCAGAGCGAACCGCCAUGCUGAGGAGACGGCACGUAUGCUCCUGGCGCACCGUGCGGAUCUGAACACUCAAGCUCGAUGCGAAGGCACGUUCGGCUGGAUCUGCAAAGCAAGCACCGCGUACGUCAGCUUCAUGGGCUAUGAGAGUCGCUCCAUGCCGGUGCGCUUCUUCGCGAGCCUCAAGGGCCUCACCCCUUUGGGCCUGGCAGCCUUGGUGGGGGACAAGGGGCUGACGCGGCUCUUCCUGGAGCAGGGAGCGGAAAUGACGCCCAACGCGCGAGGUGAUGGCCCGGAGGAGCUUGCCAGGGCCAAUGAGCAUCUGCACCUCCUGCCGAUGCUGGCCACCUUCCACGUGUGAACCGCCUUGGGUCCUGGGGUCCUUGAGAAAGGCCGUGGUCCUUGGACA